AUGAGCCCAAAUAACGCCAGUCGCGACUACGAGAAGGCUGUAACAGAAACCUCAGUGCCACAGCCACAGCCACAACCACAGCCAUCACUGCCCGCAGAUUUUGAGGAUGGACGUGGUACUGGAGGGAAUGCCAAUGUUGAAGAUCAAGAUGUCGCGAUCGCUAUCGUGGGGGAGCGCAGUCAAGCAAUUGACCCCGCGGCUGAAGCGCGAAUUGUCCGAAAAAUCGACCUUUUUUUGGUCCCUGCGAUGAUUGUAGGCUAUGGCCUGGUGUACUAUGAUAAGGCAAUCCUAGGUUCAGCAGUCCUUUUUGGAAUGACCACCGAUCUCAACCUGUCCCAAAUCGACACCCGCACAAAACCCCCCACGACCGACACCUCCCGUCUGAGCUGGGCUACGUCUAUGUUCUAUUUUGGAAUGCUGGCCGGCUUAUACCCCAUGACCUUUGCGCUACAGAGGUUCAACAUGGGGAGGCUCUUGGGAGGGGUGGUGUGCUUCUGGGCGCUGGUCUGUAUGUUGACGGCUGCGGUGACGAGCUGGCAGGGUCUUUAUGCCCAGCGUUUCUUCCUGGGGUUUGUGGAGAGCAUAAUCCCCACCGGAUUCAUGUGCAUCAUUAGCUCAUUCUAUACCCAGAGAGAGCAGUCCUUGAGACAGAGCUGGUGGUUCUCCUCGACCGGCUUGUUCACGAUUAUCGGUGGGGCAUUGAAUUACGGGUUUGGACAAAUUACUGGAGGGUCACUGAAGCGUUGGCAGUACAUUUACCUGUUCGCUGGAGCCCUGACGUUUAUGUUCGGCCUGUGCUGCUUUGCCGUUCCAGAUUCUCCUGUAUCUGCAUGGUUCCUCAGCAAAGAGGAGAGAGUAAUCGCUACGGAGCGCCUACGAUAUGGUCAGACUGGUGUUCGCUGCACAAAGUUCAAGUGGUCCCAGAUUCGAGAAUCCUUUCUUGAUAUCAAAGUGUGGCUAGUAGCGUUAAUGAUGGCCUCAGCCUAUACGGUUAAUGGAGCUGUCAGCGGCUUUGGCCCCUUGAUUGUUUCCACCUUCGGCUACUCCACCCUGGAUUCUAUCCUCUUCCAAUUCCCCCUAGGCGGCAUCUGCUUCAUAUUUAUACUUUUGACUGGCUAUCUCUCUUCGCGUAUCCCCAACAUCCGGCUUAUCUUGCUCAUACUCUGCUGUCUGCCAGUCAUUGCCGGUUGUACUAUUAUAUGGAAAAGUUCAUGGCACCACCAUGCGGCCGCACCAGUCGCGGGGUACUCUAUCAUUGGGACCUUCGGUGCUGUGGUCUCUCUUAUCAUCACAGUAGGCAUGGCAAAUGUUGCUGGCCAGACAAAGAAAUGCUUCAUGGCUGCUACUAUUUUUGUAGCCUACUGUGUAGGCAAUAUCGUGGGACCCCAGUUGAUCAAGUCACAGACUAAGUCCCGGCACUAUCCUGAAUUGUGGCUUGGUCUUAUAAUAUGUUACUGUAUCACGAUUAUCGCGGCUGUUGUGUUGUAUAGUGUGUUGAAGAGAGAAAACGAACGACGAUCAAAGUUGGAGUUGAAUGACCUUGAUAGAGACAAGAUGGCAUUCCAAGAUCUGACUGACAAGGAGAACCCGUAUUUUCAGUACAUGCUAUGA